CAAGUCUUUGUCCUUUCAUGUUUGUCUGAGCCUUCGGUCUGCAUAAUCCAUCCCACUCCACACCCUGACCAGUCCUAAGCCUUUCGCACCUGAACCCAGAGGUAGAAAGGCAGGCGCCGUUGCACUGGUUAUCAGCAACAACCCUAACGAGGCUCGGAUUGUAUCGUGGAGUAUCGGAAUCGCCCUGCCUUCUACAGGUCUCCGAGCAGGUUUGUGUGCUGAAAUACUGGGGAAACACCGUGAAUCUCGCUCCACACAGCGUCUCCUCAUUACCCCGCCACAGCACCACCUAGUCACGCGGUACUGAGCUUUAGCAGAGUCAAUGGCUCCAUCCCCAGAACACAGCCUGGCGGGCCUCGGGAACGACGUUAUCUUCAUAAUCCUGGACAUGCUCCAAGAUGAGAGCCCAGGGACAGUCGCUUCCAUGACCUUAGUGAGCUCGUACUUCUACAAGAAGGCACGAUACAGCCAGCACCGCGAGCUGUCCAUUGACAUCUCCCAAGAGAUUGUCACCCCUAAGCGCCUGGAUUACGCCGCUAAUAACGGUCUUUUACCGGCUAUCCGACACCUCAAAGUGGGUGGCAUACGCCCUAGGACCAGGGCUGAGCAUGAUACCCUGUCCAAAUUAUGCCGCCUGAUACCGAGCAUGUCGGGUUUGACCUAUGUCACCUGGGACUUCACCAUUCCCCUCGAGGCCCUUGUGGUGAUACAAGAGAGGCCCGGCGUGCGCAUUCAUACCAAUUCUUGGAGUUCCCACAUAUUCCAUAAGGACAAGAACCCCAUUGUUCACCUCAGGGGCAACCUGAAUCUGCACUCACUAGAUAUCGGAACUACCUACACCGGAGCAGAAGAGUGCCUACAGACUACGCAGCGGCUGAAGUGUAUUCUCCUAUCUUGCCCCAAUCUCCGUUGCCUCAAGCUGAAUUUGAGCCUUCCAAGCAGCCGGUAUAUUAUAUAUAGUGAGCCAAGCGAGUACUGCGGGUUCGGGUUCACCAACGGGGAACGUCCGCCUCCGCUAGAGGAACUGGAACUGGAUGGCUACCCCUGGGGCUACUGGACUGCGGAUACGUCGAGCAACGACCCAUUUCGUCAACACGGAUACCCCCUCAAAGGCCGCGAGGAGGACUACUGGGCUGAGACAUUUGACUGGUCACAGCUGAAGAGGCUGAGUACCCAUUACUCGGUCUUUGCUUUGCAGAUCAUGCCACAGCUGAUUUCUCUGCGAGAACUUGACUGUCGGGGUUGGGAUCAUGAUCGUGUGAAGACUUUCCAUCUAAACGUCCCCGCAGCGUUGGAGAGUAUUACCGUGUCAAGCUUUGCCGGCAUUGGUAUGGACGGACUGUUGAGACACGGGCCCAAGCUCAAAAAGCUCGUAAUACACCAGGCGGAGGCCUGCCAGGGAAGAUGGCGCGACGCAGUCGUGGAUGCCAAGACUCUACGCAACGUCCGGGACGCUUGCCCUCUACUCGUGGAGCUGGGUCUCGACGUCGGCCGUGACGGCAGCUGGCCAUACGACAUCUUGGAAACAUUGGCCACAUUCCCACGCCUCCGCUCCCUCACCAUCUGGUUCGAACUAGGUCUGGGACACAAUCAAGACCCAGUGGAGCCGUAUGUCACCUUCUCAGAGGCCGUUAAGCUGUUCAAGUCCAUCCGCGAUCAUUCCCCCGCGCAACCUUCGCGUUUACAAAGAGCCGAGAUUAUUUCAGGCUCCCCACCGCCCAUCGGUCUCGGCCUAACGGCACCGAGUGAUUUCUGGCCCAAACAAAACUCGACCUCCUUCGUCUGCACGGUAUCCGAGCGCGAUGACGAGGCGGAAAGGGGCGUUUUCAGCGUCGUGUGUCCCAAUCUCAAGAAGGAAGAGAACGAGAUGUUGCGGAAGCUCGAUGCGGAGGGCCCGGGGGACAGAACAGGCUUGUCUUAUCGGCGCGUCUUUGAGGUUGCUCUCUGGGGCCCUGCCCCUUAUUCGGAGGCGGAUACCUAUGACGACGAUAUGUGGUGAAAUUACUUUCGAUGAUUAUGAUGCGUUGUGAGCUGAAAAGUAUUGAUGCAUUUGCAUACUCGUUCCAUGUCGAUCUUCCGAAAACACUUGGUCAAGAGCCAUCCCCUGAGUGGAGUGCGUGCAGAGCGAUGUGAAGGAAUGGCACCGGUGACACCGAACUCUUCGAGGUGCGAAGUGAUGCGAUGAGAAAGGUACGAGAUGGAAUUCUUGACAAUUAUAUUGGACUAUUUACUCUCAACAACGAGGUUUCCAUAACUCCAGUUGCGUCGGAAAUUAUGAAAGACAUUUCUGCUUGAUCUGGAAUGUAAUGUGUAGCCAACGCCCAAUACAUUGACGUAGAUCCGGAAAUGGAUGAGCCUCAUCCAUGCCUUUCUUUCGGUUCG